ACAUUUUUCUAACUAUGUGACCGUUUUCAAAAAAGUUAGGAGAGAGAAAAACCAAACAUAAUCAGUUUUUUUUUUUUUUUAAGAAUCUCUCAAACAUAGUAUUCAUUCAUAGUUGUUGUGUUGUGUUGAAGUAUUUGUCUACUUGAGAACUUUGAAACAACAACACUUUUUCUCAUUUGGGUAUUUUUCAAAGUUGUUCAAUUUUUUAGAUCUACCCCUUUUUUUUUUGUACUAUCAAUUUCAUAUACUAAAAAUACCAAAGUAUGAAAUACAGAAAAAUUGUCUUGGGUUUUGGAAAAAUACGAUUUUGAUUCAAACCCAAGUACCCUUUAUGAACCCUUAUAUGUAAUCUUGAUUACCCUUUUGCUAUCUUUAACCUUUCAUGUGAUUUUGGUUCCUUAAUUUGAACACUAAACAUUGUUCUGUUUUUGUUCUGUUUUGGUAACAGAGGAUAAAAUAGUGAGUGUUUUCUGAAAAGUUAAGAAUCCAAAGUCAUUUUCUUUAGACAUUUUUUCACACAACACAAAUUGAAUAGCUUUUUGUUAAGGUGGCUUUUGAGAAUGGAAUUUAUUCUUAUUACGGUUCACGUUUUGAAACAAAACACAGUUGAGGUUUCAAAAGUUGAAUGAAAGAGAAACAACAAGAAGGGUUUGUUCCUUUUUUGUUUGUUUUUUUAGUUUUUAUGUAAAAAAUAAAAAAUUUAGAAGAAAAAAAAAUCACAAAAAGUUUUUAUUUUUAUUAUCAUAUUAUAAAGGAAGAGUCUUGGCUUUAGCAUGCAACUUGGCUCCUUGUAAAAGGGAGGAGCGUUUAAGAAAGAGAAGAAUAACAUUACCAAACCUUAUACCAAAUAGAAUAAUCAAUCAUGCAAGAUAUGAAGAAGCAACAUAAUCAGAAUCAGAAGCAGAAGCAGCUUCUUAAUGAAGAAUCUAAGAAGAAGGAGCGUCACAUUGUGACGUGGACUCAAGAGGAGGAUGAUAUACUUAGAGACCAAAUUGGAAUCCAUGGAACUGAAAAUUGGGCAAUAAUUGCUUCUAAAUUCAAGGACAAAACAACAAGACAGUGUAGAAGAAGAUGGUACACUUAUUUGAAUUCUGAUUUCAAGAAAGGUGGAUGGUCACCAGAAGAAGACAUGCUCUUGUGUGAGGCUCAAAAAAUAUUUGGCAAUAGGUGGACAGAAAUAGCAAAGGUGGUUUCAGGCAGAACGGAUAAUGCUGUGAAAAACCGUUUCUCCACAUUGUGCAAAAAGAGAGCUAAAUAUGAAGCCUUAGCAAAAGAGAACAACGUUUCAUAUACGAAUUCAAAUAACAAAAGGAUUAUUUUCCGAGAUGCGGAAUCAGAAUCUGCAGUAGAUUUUAAGAAGAUGAGGAGGUCACAUAUCCCUGAUGAUGCAGAAAAGAUCAACUUUGCAGACAGAUCACAUAAACAAAAUGAAACUUCAAGAGUACCAUUGGCAGUUUUAGCUCAAAACUCUCAUAGUGUCAACAACUUGCCGGACCAGAAUCAUGUCUGCAAUGUGAAGUUUAAUAAUUAUGCACAAAACAAGAUUCAAGGAACAUUCCUUAAAAAGGAUGAUCCAAAGAUAAGCGCAUUGAUGCAACAAGCCGAGCUACUAACUUCAUUAGCUCUAAAAGUUGAUGCAGAGAAUAUGGACCAAAGUCUUGAAAAUGCAUGGAAGAUUCUUCAAGAGUUUAUGAACCGAAACAAAGAAUCAGAUAUUCCUGGAUAUAAGAUUCCAGAUUUACAGCUUGUAGAUCUUAAAGACUUAUUGGAAGACUUAAAGAAUAGUAGUGAGGAAAUCCAGCCAUGUUGGAGGUAUAUGGAAUUAUAUGAAGACUCUCCAAGCAGUUCUGAACACAGUACAGGAUCAACUAUUCUGCCUCAUUCUGCUGCUGAGAAUUUGGAACACUCACUGCAUCAAGAUAAUGGAACUGAACAUAAAUCUAUCCAAAUUGAAGAUCAAAAGGGUGUUGGAGGAUGUGAUCAAGUGGUUCUUUCUAGUGUUACUUUGGAUCAAGAGGAUAUAUUCUCAUCUUGCGAGGAACAGAUAAACAAUGACGGCAUUGUUGCUUCCUUAUCAAGUACAGAGUUCAGUUCUCCUGUUCAAGUUACUCCUAUGUUCAGAUCCUUAGCUGCAGGAAUUCCUAGUCCACAAUUUUCAGAAAGUGAAAGGAACUUCCUUAUGAAAACACUUGGAAUGGAUUCUCCUCCCCUCAACCCAAUCGCCAACCCCCCGCAACCACCACUCUGCAGAAGAGCGCUCCUACAAAGUUAAUAAAUCUGAAUAUUUCAUUCAUAUGAAAUAUAAAAUAUUUAUGUCCUUUCUGAAUCCUUCAUUUCUCCCUACCCGCGACCAUCUCGCUGGUUGAUUCUUCUCUACCUGGUUUGAGAAAGAUUGCAAUUUUGUUCAGCCUAAAAUUUUGAUAGGCCUAUCCUUCUCCCUUAGAAUGUUAGGUACAUUCUGAGAGGACCUUCAACAUAUUUAACAGUGUCUUUUUAAUCCCCUUAGGAUUGCACCAAAAAUUUGCGUGCUUAGUGUGUCAUUAUUCUUUGGUUUGUUUUUCUUUGAUAAUGUUCUGGGUUUGUUUUUCUCCAAUCCAGCAUAUGGUCUUGGUUUGUUUGUUUUUUUUGUACAGAGCCUGCUGCUGCGUGAUACUAGUCGUCGUCGUCUUGAGUGUGUGUAUACAUCGGCAAGUCGCCAAUCCUACUACAUAUAAUGAAUAGAGACAUAGAUAGAAGAAGAAAAAGAGUGUAAAAAGAUUAGCCAGUGGCAAAUAUGAUUCCUAUUUGUUUGUUUUGGGUGUGCAUAGGUUAUAGAAUAAAUUAUGCUUUUCCAUUUUUUGAUUCAGAUGUACUGAAACAUAGCUAUAAUUUGAGUGGAAAUGCAUUUUGGCUUUGGUGUCCAGAAUGCAAAUGUUGUUUCUCUUA